UUAACAAGACUUGUCUGCAUCUUUUGUUAUAUUCUAACUAACUGAUCAAACAAACAGAGCCAAACAAUAUUUUCCAAAAUGGCUACUGCAGCAUCCACAAUGGCUAGCCCGUUGAAGAGCAGCUUUGCUUCGUCUUUAACCAGAGGUCACGGCCUUGUUACUCCCAAAGGCAUUUCUGGUGCACCUUUUAAGAUUUUCCCUUCAACAAGAAAGUCUUGCUUCACCGUCAAGGCUGUCCAAGCUGAUAAACCAACUUUCCAAGUGAUUCAGCCCCUUAAUGGUGACCCUUUCAUUGGAAGUCUUGAAACUCCAGUCACCUCAAGUCCAUUGAUUGCAUGGUACCUCUCCAACUUGCCUGCCUACCGGACCGCGGUGAACCCACUUCUCCGGGGAGUAGAAGUGGGCCUGGCCCAUGGAUUCUUACUAGUUGGCCCAUUCGUAAAGGCUGGCCCAUUAAGAAACACAGAGUAUGCAGGGGGAGCUGGUUCUUUGGCAGCAGCAGGACUUGUUGUGAUCCUUAGUAUGUGUUUGACAAUUUAUGGAAUUUCAUCAUUCAAAGAAGGAGAUCCAUCAACAGCACCAGCAUUGACAUUGACUGGCAGGAAAAAAGUGCCAGAUCAAUUGCAAACUGCAGAUGGAUGGGCUAAAUUCACUGGUGGAUUCUUUUUUGGUGGAAUUUCUGGUGUCACUUGGGCUUAUUUCCUCCUAUAUGUUCUUGAUCUUCCUUACUUUGUUAAGUAAAUUUCUUUAAUUGAUGUAACUAUUUUGAAUGUUAAAUUGGAUAUGAAAGAUGUAUAUUGAACUACUAAGCUCUUGGAGGAGUGCAAUUUAACUCGUUGUAAUGAGUUACUUGUCUUAUUCUUUA